CACCCCCUGCUGCAGGCACCCCCUGCACUCCCUGACCCCCCUGCACCCCCUGUACCCGAUGCCCCCAUGCAGGGUGCACCCCGUGCCACAUGUGCCCUGUCUCCCCUGCCCCGUGCCACUUGCCCCCCCCCCGCUCUGUGCCCCCCCCCAUGCUGCAUGCACCCUAUACACGGGCUGCACCCUGCGCCACGUGCCCCCCACGCACCGCGUGCCCCCCAUGCUGCGCGCACCCUGUGCCCCCCAUCUGGGGUGCACCCCAUGCCGUACGCGCCCUGUGCCCCCCACCCCGUGCCAGUGCCGUCCACAGCCCGGGGUGCUCCGUCCACCCUCCAUGCCCCCCAUGGCGCUGCCCACGAGGGGGUCCCUGCCCUCCCCCAGGGCUGCCCGUGCUGGGGGGUCUGGGCUGUCGGCCCCUUGCCGGGCCGGGGGGCACGUGCCCACAGCCGCGGUGCCGCAGGGCCGAGCCCCCACCCCGUCCCUCCCCGAGGCCGGUGGCACCGGGCCGGGACGUCACGAGGGCAACCGGCUUCAGUUGCGCCACCGGCCAGGCGGGCUGUCACUUGGCCAGGCCCUGGCGCUAGCGCUGGUUGCAGGCGGCACCAGGCCCAGGGACGCCGGUGCUUCGCUGCGGCACCGGCUCCGGCACGUCCUGCCUGCCGCGGCGUGGGAUUGCGCAGGGCUGGCCGGGGGCUCUGCCUGCCAGCUGCCAGCCCUGCGGGCAGCUGCCUGUCCCCGCUGCGUGCCAGGCCGCAUUUAUCAUCACGACGGCGGCACCGGCGGCAGGCGAUCACCGCGCAGGGCCGCAGCCGGAGCCGCCAUUCCCACAGCCGCCUGGUUUUGUAAUCCCAGGCUCCACGCAGAAUCGGCGUCCGCCGGUGGCUGGGCCCGGCGAUCCGGAGCGGGGGCGUCCCCGGUGCCUGCGGCAAACCCCCACCGCCGCGGCCCCACUCGCCAGCCGGCCGCCAGAGCGGGGAUGGCAGCUGGUCCCGGGGCGGGCAGCGUCAGGCAGCGGGGCCGGCGACGCGGGUCAGCCGGGCAGCGCCGGGGCUCCCGUCACCGCUGCCGGCGGCCGCCGCGAGCCACCGGCCCCCCGCACCGGCCACCGCCAUGGCCGAGGCCUCCCCGCAGGGCCCGGGCCGGGGCAGCCAUGGGGCUGUCGCCGUGGCAACAGCCCUGCCGCCGGGCGGCCAUCUUGUGCGGGCCUGGGGAGCGAGCGGGGUGGGACCGGGACCCCCCCCCCGCCGUGGGGCUGCGACGGGUCAGGGACCCCCCCCCCAGGCCUGCCUGA